AUGGUUCAGUGUUUCACACCCGAAUGUAAUCACCAGUCUGAGAGUCAUUGCUGUCGCUUCUUUGCAUUCCCGAGCAAAGAAAAGAAAAAAUCUGAGUAUGAUCGAUGGAGAAGAUUAUUAAGGUUUGUAUUUUAACUUACAUAUAUACUGUAAAACCAGAAUAUCGCAGCUAAACUAAAGUAUUGUGGCUUUCGGACUAAUAAACAUGGUACUUGUUGGAUUGACGCUUGUUUCCUUCGAUUUACUUCUAAUAAAAUCCAACUCUGAUCUAAAUACAUUCCACAUCUCUAUAUGUUUCAACAGUAGAGAAGAUCGAGAACCAAGCAAACACAGCCGUGUUUGCAGCUGCCAUUUCAGAAAUGGCGAGAAGGUAUUUGGGCCAGAGAUUUUUAAGCACAACGAAGGAAAACUUUUCCCCUCUAGCAGUAAACCGCCACCAAAGAAGAAGAAGAAAUUGGAAAAAAGUACAGAUGGCAAGGAAUUAGUCGACAUCGAAAAAAUGAGAGAAGCCUUGCAGAGCAACGAAAGUGAAGAUCAAGAACGGGACGUACUCAACGAUUUAACUGCUUCGGAGAUAAUCCUUGAAGCAGAAGUAAAGCAGCUGAGAAAUGACCUUCAACAACAUGAAGAGAAGUCAAAAUAUUUUAGAGAAAAAUACUCAGUGUCUACGUUAAGUGACGAUGUAAUACGCAUGGAAACCGGUCUUCCAACUAAGCAAGUAUUUGAUGUAGUUGUACUUUAUACUUUAAGAUUCAAAGACUCAAUAAUAUAUUUUCAUGGCUGGAAGGUGGAAUCAAUAAGUUUUGAAGACCAGAUAUUCAUAACUUUAAUAAAGAUUAGACAGAAUUACACGAACCUUCAUAUAGCUCAGUUAUUUUCAUGCAGUGAAACUACUAUAUCUAAUAUUGUCAUUACAUUUAUUCAUCUCUUGAACGAGAUUUUGUUCACUUUUUUGAUGUCAACAGUACCUUCUAGGGAGAAAAAUAAGACUUGUUUGCUGUCAUCAUUUACACAGUUCAGUUCUUGUAAGAUCAUAAUAGAUUGCACAGACAUUGAAGUUGCAACCCCUGGCCUAAUGAGUCAUCAAAGUGCAACUUAUUCUUCAUACAGAGGUAUGAAUUCAUUUAAAGUACUCGUUGGUGUGGCACCUAAUGGGGUCAUAACAUAUGUUUCUAACCUUUACCCUGGAUCAACUUCAGAUAAGGCUAUAGUGGAAAUGUCUGGUUUUUUGAAACACCUUUAUCCAGGAGAUCUUGUUCUUGCUGACAAGGGCUUUCUAAUCCAAGAUAUAGUUCCGAGUGGUGUGUCUGUAAAUAUUCCCCAUUCUUAA